CUUACUACGUAAUCUAUCUAUGCAUGCAUCAUUCAAUCUGUAAACACGUGUUUUCUUAAAAAGACAGACACCGAAACUGCCCUCCCAAUUUUUUAAAGAGACAGUUUAUUCCUUGUUUGAUAGUGUGCUAAAAAAAUGGGUAAAGCCAAGAAAAUCAAGGUUUCCAAAGGCGGAACUAAAGAGCCGAAAAUAGGUUUGGCAGAACAAAUAGAAUUUGAUAAGUCUGUGAAGUCUACAAUCAGGCAAAAGAUCAGGCAUCGGGCUGACGAUGAAGAAUACGUAGCUCCUACUCUGGCAAAGAAGAUCUUAUCGCAAGCCAGGCAGCAGCAGCUAGAGAUUGAAGAAGAGAUUGGUCUGAGUAAUCCUAAAGGCACCGAGAAGCCGACUGUAAAACUUGGCUCUGAGUUGAGCGAUGUCGAGGAUCAAUCUAGCGAUGAUGAAGAAUCAUUGGAUAAUGUACACUAUUACGAGAACAUCGAAAUCAAUGAAGAAGAUGAACGCGCGUUACAGAUGUUCAUGUCCAGAGAUCCGAUACCUACGAGAACGCUGGCCGACAUAAUAAUGGAAAAAUUGACGGAGAAAAGGACCGAAAUCGAGACGCAAUUUUCUGAUGCUGGGACUAUUCAGCUGCAAGACUUGGAUCCACGAGUAAAGGCGAUGUAUGAGGGUGUCAGAGACGUUUUAGCAAAAUAUCGUAGCGGCAAACUACCAAAGGCUUUCAAAAUCGUGCCUAGUUUAAAGAAUUGGGAACAGAUACUAUACAUUAUGGAUCCACCAAAAUGGUCUGCCGCUGCCAUGUAUCAAGCAACAAGGAUAUUUGCUUCAAAUUUAAAGGAAAAGAUGGCCCAGAGGUUUUACAACCUGGUUCUGUUACCGCGCAUUAGGGAUGAUCUGGCGGAAUACAAAAGACUGAAUUUCCACUUAUACCAGGCGUUAAGGAAAGCAUUAUUCAAACCAGCCGGUUUCAUGAAGGGAAUCCUGCUACCGCUCUUAGAAUCCGGCACGUGUACGCUCAGAGAGAGCGUCAUCAUCGGAUCAGUAAUCGCGAAGAAUUCAAUACCAAUUUUACACUCCUCCGCAGCUAUACUGAAAAUCGCGGAGAUGGAUUACACAGGUGCAAACAGCAUUUUCCUCAGGAUAUUCUUGGAUAAAAAAUACGCACUUCCAUACAGAGUAGUGGAUGGAGUGGUGUUUCAUUUUCUUAGGUUUGAAAGAGACACCAGGGAAUUACCAGUGUUAUGGCAUCAAGCACUCUUAACUUUUGUGCAACGAUAUAAAAGCGAUAUCAGUUCUGAGCAAAAGGAAGCUUUACUAGGACUACUGAGGAAACAGUCACACUAUUCAAUCACUCCCGAAAUCAGGAGAGAAUUGCAACACGCAAAAUGCAGAGAUGUAGAAAUGACAGAACCCAAACCAGCACCAAUAUUAUAGAUACUUAAUACAAUAUAUGUAUAUAUCAAAAUAUCUCUAAGUACUAUUGUAUAAUUAUUACCAAAAAAAAAAUUUAGAUUAAAAUUUAUUAUCAAUGUAUUAUCUUGGAAAACUGGGUAAUAUACAUCCAAAUAGUACAAA